GAUGACUACCCCUCGAUGACGGGCGGUAACUGUCUAUUUAAAGGACUUUCACUUUCGCUUGGGGAAAUCAUAAGAAUGGCAGCUUCUUGCUAUGUGUUUUUUAUCUUUGAAAUCCUGUUUUACCUGAGGACGGCACAAGCAGGUGGACUGGUCUAUGGUUUGAAGAAUGGCAUGGUGAUUAUGUCUCCAGAUUUCCCUGGUAACAUGGAUGAAAUUACAUGGAAGUUUAAAGAAGAUAAAGUAGCAGAAUUAAAUGGAGACAAUAUUGAAUAUUAUGGAAUCUUUAAAAGUAAAGUAAUACUUUAUAAAAAUAAUGGAUCACUUGAACUCAAAAAUCUUCAAGCACAGGAUAGUGGUACAUAUGAAGUGGAAAUUGUCCAAAAUGGACGCAUUAAUAACGAUAUGUUCAACCUCAGAGUCAUUGAUCCUGUUCCUAAACCAGUGAUAGAAUGCAAUGUUACUAAUGAGCAUGUCAUGCUGACAUGUAAAACUGAAAUCAAUUCACUUACCCGUCUACAGUGGAAUGGUACUGACAUAAAAAAUCAGGAAAACACAGCAAAUCCCCUGGUGCUGGAGAAGCGAGAUGAUAAUGCAGAGUUCACGUGUACUGCUAGUAAUCCAGUGAGUGAGAUGAAGAGUGACAUCUUUCUUAUAAAAGAUUGUAAUGGUGAAAGCAAUCUACUGAAUGUUGCCUUGUUAGCAGUAGUAGUAGUAGUAUUGAUUUUACUGCUACUGUCAAUAAUAGCUAUUGGACUAUAUUUUUAUUUAAAAAAUAAAGUUUCUAAUGAUACCAAACAAGAUAAAGAUACGAGACAUUCAGAAAAUUUGAAGCUAAUGUCAGGAAUUGAAAUGGAAACAAACGACAAGGAAACAGACAAAUUGAAUCUGAAUCAAUGUACGGGUUCUGUAGGGGAACAUGAAAGGAUUGAAGAUGUGAUUAUCUACAAACAAAGCACUGAUCCAGAUAAUGCAGAGGAGGACCAAGAUGAUAUGCUUCAAGAUACAUCCCCAGAUAGCAAUAAAGCAUUGGCACCACCAGCACAACAAACUGGUGAGGAAGAAAAUGACUCAGAUAGCAAUAAAGCAUUGGAACCAGCAGCACAACAAACUCACAAGGAAGAAAAUGAUUCAGAUAAUGUAGAGGAAAUGCUGGAUUUGGGGCCUCAAGAUAUCUUCACAGUUUGCAAUGAGGCAAUGGUGCUACCAGCAGAACAAACUGGAAAGACAAGAAAUGAGUCAUAUUGCAAUGAGGCAAUUGUGCUACCAGCAGAACAAACUGGAAAGACAGAAAAUGAGUCUGGUAAAGUAACAAACCCUGAAACUUUGAAUAAUGAAGAAAACAUCACUAAAGCAGGUGACACAGGCUCCCUAGAGGCAUCAGCAGAACAUGCAGCCAACGAUGUCAAGGAAUCAGGAUCUGCAAAUAAUGACAAGAAUAAGGAAGUUAAAAGCCAGGAUGAAGAUCAAGUAGCAAAGCCUGAACUUUUGAAGAAUGAAGGAAACAACACUAAAACAGGCUCUUUAGAGGUAUCAGCAGAAAAUGCAGAAAAUGUCAAGGAAUCAGAUGAUACAGGCCCCUUAGAUGUAUCAACUGAAGAGGCAGACAACAAUAACAAGGAAUUAGAUAAAAAGGAAGAUGUUUAAAGUGGCAAAUUUAAAAAGGUGCAUAUUAAUCCUGACAUGUGGAGACAGUUACCAUUCUUCAAAUCAAACAUUGGAUGCAAGAUCAGAAAAGUCAAAGGAGAUGCAAUGGACACCUUUAGACCUUAGUGAGCUGCUUAGUGAACGUCUCACUUUCUGAUUUUAUGCCCAAGGGCCGAAAAAAAAUUAUGGUGCUAUUCCAACAUUGAAAACCAUAUCUGAACAGUAAAGACAGAAUGGUCUUCGUUUUUUGCUGCUGUGUAGCCUUUUAUUUAGUGACUUGAGUACAAGACGUACUGUAUAUAUUUUUUCUAUUAUUGUUUUAUAUUUUUUAACUUUGUAAUGCAUAACAACUGUGAUUCCAAAAUGUCAGCUGCAAAGCUUGGAAUGAUGACUGCUGAUUUCUCCAAAUGGCAUCAAAUCAACUGUGUGUUGAAGGAGUAUGUUAUUUCAGAUAGUUGUUUCAAUUUUCCAAAGUUUUCCCACUCUUUACUCAGCAUGUGAGUAUGUACAAGUCAGGCAUCCUUUUUUGUUUUAGCUGUGACAAUCUGAAUCCUGUUUCAUGUAUGAUGAAAGACAUUAUGGAAAAUGGCCUUCAGCAUGAUUGGUGGUUAUAACAAUCUGGAAUGUGUUAAUUAACAAGAAGUGAUUCAAUUGUGGCAGUUUUUGGCAUCAGCUAUACUAGUGCUUUUGCCCCUAUUUUUUAGUGUUGUUUGCCUUCCAGCUUGCCCUACUAUUUUACUUUUUUUACUUUUCCUAAUGGCGAGUGACCAAUCCAGCAAAAUAGGUACCACAUACUGACUCUGGUGAUACACUAUGGCGGCCUUAUGGAGGAUAUGAAAAGACAUUUUUCAGAUCAGCUCAUUAUCAUGUGGUAUUCCAUGCAGCAUCACAAAUGUCAAGUUCAGCUCUCUGAAGAUACUAAUGGAAUCAUAGAGGAACAAAUUGGUUUAGUUUCCAGAGCUCAUCAGUGGACUCACAUGAUAAGCAAAUGAAAACACUGGAGAACCAAUUGACUGCUUUAGUGAUAAAAGUAACAGAAUUGGAGGAUAGAAGUAGAAGAAAUAAUAUCCACUUAGUGGGGUUUAGAGAAAACAUAAAAAGUGUAAGUCCAUUGCAACUUCUUGUUUUACUUCCUCAACUAAAGAACCUUUCCCCUACCAUGUUGAAAAGAUGUCAUAGACUAUAUCUCAAUGGUAAAUCCAAUUGGCCAAGACCACUGACUUAUGCCUCAGUUUUGCAAAUAGCCUGAAAUUGUUACAGGUGACUAAGUAGUCGUGUUCCUUGUUUUUUGAGGACCAGCAUAUCUACAUUUUUGUUGAUUGUUCCCCUGCCUCUGCAGCUACCUGUAACGUGAAGCCACCAGUGAGCUGAAGGGUGAGAGAGGAUGGAAUUCACCUGUUUCUUCUAUGUCACACUCACCUCAAGCUCACCUCUGGUAAAAUUACUUUUGAUGGUGUGAAGGUGGCUCUUGAAGCUAUUGAUAAUUUUCAAGUUUUGGACAUGUUUCUUUGUAAUGUCUUCUUCUCCCAAUAAUACACUGCAGUUUUUCUUUAA